GUCCUUUCCAGGUAUUUGAUGUUUCUGUGCUGCGGCGCUUGUCGUGUUUUGGUCUGGAGGAGGUAGAAAGAUGACAGCCAGAAAGUCCGGGUCGCGAUUAGAGACUGAAAUAGAGCGCUGUCGAUCAGAAGCCCAAUGGGACAAGAUACCAGAACUUGUGCGGCAGCUGUCUGCGAAAUUGAUCUCAAACGAUGAUCUUGGGGAACUUCUGCUGGGGGAGGCGAAACUCCAGCAGUACUUGAAAGAAAACCCCAUCAAGCAGGGAGCGAGUCCUCGCGGUCCCCGGCCGCGCCUCCAGGAAAUUCGGAAACAUCUGACGGCUGCACUCGAUCGGGGAAACUUAAAGCCUGAAUACAUGCAAGAAGCCAGUCUGAUUAUGGGUAAGCUGUGUUAUGUGGAGGGCGAUUAUGGAGAAGCACUGAAUCAGUAUGGCCGUGUGAAUCUGGAUGAACUUCAGUUGGUUGGCUCUCCAGUGUACAGACUUUCCAUGAUCGCAGAGGCCUAUGCCACUAAAGGACUUUGUCUGGAAAAGGUACCUGCGGCAUCCCCAUCGCUGUCCAAUCGCAAUGCUGACGGAGACAAGGAGAUCAUCACUUGCUAUGAGAAAUCUGGAGACAUUGCCUUGCUUUAUCUCCAGGAAGUAGAAAAGGCCCUCAGUGCUGGCAUUCAGAACCGCAGUCCAAAGCCGGGUCCGGUCUCACAGGAGCAGGAACUCGGCUACUUCCUUGAAACUGGACUUCAGAGGGCUCAUGUGAUCCACUUCAAAAAUGGUAACCUGACCCGAGGUGUCGGCCGUUUCCGAGAAAUUCUCCGAGCCGUUGAGACCAGGACCACUCAGAAUCUUCGUAUGACUAUUGCCAGGCAGCUAGCAGAGAUCUUGCUGAGGGGUAUGUGUGAACAGAGUUAUUGGAACCCACUGGAAGAUCCACCUCACCAGUCCCCUCUGGAUGAUCCACUCAGACACACCCCCAUCAAGGACUACGCCCUAAGCCGACGCCCACGUAUCUACUCGGGAGAUAACUUGUUUUGUCCACAGGAGAACACUGAGGAGGCUUUACUCCUUUUAUUAAUCAGUGAGUCUAUGGCUAACAGAGACGCUGUAUUGAGCCGAAUCCCCGAGCACAAUAAUGAUCGAAUCAUCAGUUUGCAGAGCGCUUCGCUGGUGUACGACUUGCUCACCAUUGCUCUCGGCCGACGUGGACAGUACGAAAUGCUCUCAGAGUGUCUCGAAAGAGCCAUGAAGUUUGCCUUUGAGGAAUUUCAUCUCUGGUUCCAGCUCGCUCUCUCCUUGAUGGCUGCUGGGAAGUCGGCUCGAGCAGUAAAGGUGCUGAAGGAGUGUAUAAGACUGAAGCCGGACGAUCCCACCAUUCCUCUGCUGGCCGUCAAGCUGUGCAUUGGAAACCUGCACUGGCUGGAAGAGGGUGAGCGCUUCGCUAAAAUGGUGAUUGAUAUGGGUGAGAAGGCGGCUGAAUUCAGGGCUAAAGGAUAUCUUGCAAUCGGGCUUGUCUAUAGUCUGAAGGCCACAGAUGCAUCUCUUCGAGGAAUGCAGGAAGAAUAUCAGAAAAAAGCACUGAGUGCUUUCCAGAGGGCACAGAGUUUAUCCCCCACUGAUCAUCUGGCGGUUUUUUAUUUAGCGCUGCAGCUGGCUGUGUCUCGACAGAUACCAGAGGCUUUGGGUUAUGUACGUCAGGCAUUACAGCUGCAGGGUGAUGAUGUUCAUGCUCUGCAUCUGCUGGCCUUGCUGCUGUCAGCACAGAAGCACUACCACGACGGUCUCAACAUCAUUGAGAUGGCCCUCAGCGAGUACCCCGAGAACUUUGUUCUUUUAUUCACAAAGGUGAAGUUGGAGACGUUGUGUCGAGGGCCCGAGGAGGCGCUGCUCACCUGCAAACGCAUGCUGCAGAUCUGGAAGUCCUGUUACAACCUCACCAACCCCAGUGAUUCUGGGAGGGGAAGCAGUCUUUUAGACAGAGCUGUCGCUGACCGUCGCCAGCUGAACGCCAUGACACUACCUGACUUCAGUGAUGCAGAGACAGCCUCUCACUCCUCUUCCUCCUUCUCGGGGUCAGAACCUGUAUCUCCUUUCUUUCCUCUUCCAUCUUUCUAUUCUUCACCUCCACCCAAGAUCGAAUCAACCCAGAAUCGCAGCAGCCAUGCUUUCUGUGACCACGCCCCCCGCCGACGCUUCUCCUCUUCCAGCAACCUUCAAGAUGCUUUCUUUCAUGGUUUUGACUCCUUUAUUGGGGUUUGUUCUGUCCAAGCUACUUCUAUAGCAGCAUCACGGGUGGAGCAGGCGCUGUCCGAGGUGGCAUCGUCCCUGCAAAGCAGCGCUCCGAAACAGGGACCCCUCCACCCAUGGAUGACCCUCGCCCAGAUCUGGCUCCAUGCAGCGGAGGUGUAUAUUGGAAUGGGAAAGGCGGCCGAGGCGACAGCGUGUACGCAGGAAGCAGCCAACCUGUUCCCAAUGUCGCAUAACGUGUUGUUUAUGAAGGGUCAGGUGGCAGAGCUGCGGGGGAACGUGGACGAAGCCAAACGUUGGUACGAGGAGGCGCUUUCCAUCAGCCCUACCCAUGUCAAGACAAUGCAGAGACUGGGUCUGAUAUUGCAUCAGUUGCAGAGGUACAGUCUUGCUGAGAAGAUCCUGCGUGACGCGGUGCAGGUGAACAGCACGGCCCAUGACGUGUGGAACAGUCUGGGUGAAGUUCUGCAGGCGCAGGGCAACGAUGCAGCGGCGACCGAAUGCUUCCUCACUGCCCUGGAGCUGGAGGCCAGCUGUCCCAUCUUACCGUUCACCAUCAUUCCCCGCAGUCUUUGAGACCCUAAACAAAACCUUUAUUUAGGAGUCAUGCAUGAACUACAGUCCUUAUACACACACACAAACAUGAGAGGCCCUACAAUUCCUCCUAUUUUCCAGAAUGUAUUCUCACCCCUGUUAGUAUCCAUCGAGAUUAGAGCGAGAAAAUGGAUAUUUCACUCUUCAUGCUUUCUGUGAUGGUGUUUGCUUAAAUACUUUAGAUGUAAUAGUUCACCUUAAAUGAAAACUUGAAAUUAUUUACGAUCCCCCGGUGUUUUUCUUCGGUCUUUAGAAGAUAAAUGCAGAUUUGGGGCCCUUUUAAAGCAUAAAGGGUUUUCAAGUUACUAUGGGAGUUCAUGGUGACCCCCUCCAUAAUCAUCUACUCUCAUAGUAAACCCAAACAGAAACAAGUCACCUGACACAAAGACACUUUUGGGUCCUUUUAAAGCUUGAAGAGUUUUUUUUAGUUUUCUUGUGUCAGGUGACUUAUUUAUUUUUGGCUACUAUGGGAGUGGAUGGUGACUGAUGGGUAUAGUAACCAGAAAACCAGAGUCACUUUACAUGAAUACACUUUUAGGUCCUAAGGGGGUCACCAUCUACUCCCAUAGUAACCAGAAAGCCAAAAAAACAAGUCACCUGACACGAAGGCACUUUUAAGUCAUUAAAGCUUAAAUGGUGUUCUAGGUACUAUAAGAGUAGAUGGUGACCCCCUUAGUCACCAUCCACUCCCAUAGUAACCAGAAAACCCCAAAAGAAACAAAGCACUUGACACAAGGACACUUUUGGGUCCUUUUAAAGCUUGAAGAGUUUUUUUAGUUUUCUCGUGUCAGGUGACUUGUUUUUUUUGUGGGUACUAUGGGAGUGGAUGAUGACUGAGGGGGUCACCAUCCACUCCUAUAGUAAUUAGAAAACUCCUUAAGCUUUAAAAGUUUCUUUUUUGGGUUUUCAGGUUACUAAGGGAGUAGAUGGUGAAUGAGGGGGUCACACCUACUGCCAUAGUCAUCUAUGUCAUCUAACAAGUCAUCUGACAGGAAGACACUUUUGGGUCCUUUUAAAGCUUAAAGGGUUUUCUAGUUAACCCCCUUAGUCACCAUCCAAUCCCAUAGUAACCAGAAAACCCAAAAAGAAAUGAAGCACUUCACACUUUUGGGUCUUUUUAAAGCUUAAAGGGUUUUUUUGUCAGGUGACUUGUUUCUUUUUGGUUACUAUGGGAGUGAAUGGGGACUGAGAGGUCACCAUCCACUUCCAUAGUAACUAGAAAACUCUAAAAAUACCAAUAAGUGUCUUCCUGUCAGGUGACUUGUUUCUUUUUGGGUUUGGGGUCAACACCUACUCCCAUA